GGAGCCUGAAGGGGAAUAGAGGGAGAGAGAUUGUGGCUGAAGCAACCAAUGGCAUGAAGGAAGGCAUCGAGCCAUUAGGGGUGGGGGAACUUAGAAAGAAUGGACUUGAUGGGGCUUUGCAAGGGAAGAAGAUGGAAGUGUGGGACUCUAGAAGGGACCCAGAAAAGUGGGUUUCAGUAUUAUUGACAGGUGCCCCCAAAGUGGGGCUACACAGAAGGAAGGAGAUGCCAUCUGCCAGGCCUUUCGAGGGGAAGAAUGAGGGGCGGAGAGAGCAGGCCUGGAGAAGGCAGGUUCUGAUGGAAAUUCUAGAGAAUCAAAGAAUGGAGAAUGAAGAAACCUUGUGGAGGAUUGCAGACUGGGUGCCUGGUGUAUGUCUCUAAGCAUGCUUAAGGAGAAAGAAUGAAGUGAUAAAAGAACUGCAAGAUCCCUGCCUUGCCGGGAUGGCAGCCCCGGCAUUCUGAGAUUCCCUGGCCCCGGGGAGUAUGGAGCUUUGCUUUUCUGAUUUACCAACUGCCUAAUCCAGCAUCCUACAAUUUGUCCAAUGAUCGGCAGAGUAACCCCAGCAAAGGAAGGCCACACAAGGGCAAAGGAGCUUCCGGUCAAAGCCUUGUGGGAGAGGCAAAUGUUAAUUGAGGCAUGAAAGAGCCCGCCAUGCUUUCUCCCCCCUCCCCCUCAGGGGGAUGAGAAUUCUGAAGUGGACAAGACCCUGCCAAGUUUGGGUCCCUGCUGGAAGAGGGGUGAUGGCAGCUAGAGAACUCGACCAUCACCGGACAGAUGCAAAGCCUGAGCUGGAGACUGGCCUGAGGCCCCCCCCUCUUCCCCUUGGAGGACCUCAGGCUGGCCCCACACACCCUCAGCUGCAACGCUCCCGCUCCCCACUGGGGGCACUAGUAACAGGCUUGGCUUUCAGUCUGUGUUGCUGACCAGAUUAAAAACAAGCCCCCGAACCCAUCUAUUUUUACCCACCCCAGUUUUCUCUGCUUAGCAUCUCAGCAGAAAGUCAUUUCCAGAACUGUGUGGGGAAGAAUUUCAGAAAUGGCAAAAGAUCGACAAAUGUCAUUCCAGACAGUGAACCUUUGGGUCCAAUAAAAUCUAUUGGAAAUUUGUGCCUUUUCAACUUCAAUCUGUAAAAGGCUCAUGGUAAAGGGAAACUCAGAGAUUUAAAACCAAAGUAUUUCUCAUAGCCAUUCUCUUUCUUUUUAGAUCCAUUUAUUUAAUUAACUUAAUUUCCUCCCACUCCCAUUUAAAAAGAAACACCAAACCCUUAUUGCUAAUAUCCAUAAUCCAGAAAACCAUUCUCAUGUUGUCUUCUGUCCAAAAAUGUCUACCGCAUUCAUCUUGGACCCAACAUCUCUCUGCAAUUUGGUGCAGAUAGAUUGUAUCCCUUCCCUGGGGGCCCGGUUAUAUAUCCGGGCCAGGCAAGAGAACACCUGCUGCUGCUUCUACCCCGAGCCCUCUGUCUAUACCAGUCAAAAACCUGGUGUGGUUCGGAUGCCUGGAAAGAGGGAGCUGCUCGUGCAGAGCGAAUGCCCACAAAGAUUUCUGUUCAGCUUUCUCUGACUUGCUGCCCUUUUGCCUUUUCCCCCACUCAGGAAAGCCAGAAAGGGUCUUUGUUCAUUUCCCCACUUUGGGUUAUCAGGACAGACCUUCAGGAUUCAUUACUUCUCAUGAACUUUCCAUGUUCUGCCCCUUCUUUUUAAUCUUCCCUUGUUGAUUUCCUCCUAGAGUAUGCUAAACUCUCCGCUAUCCUCAAGUUCCCAGCUGUUGCUGUGAAUGAUUUGCUUGGCAGAUAAUCUAAUCUACAGAAGAAGUCUAGAUCAUUAGAAGUGAUUGUCACCAUUCCCUCAAAAGCCAUCUCGGAAAAUUCAAUGAACAUGUGAUCUCACUGAUGUAUGAAAGCUCUCUCGGGGCAAGGCUCACAGAUCAUCAAAUAGGAUAAUUCUUGUUUGUCUUUAAUGAAUCUGCCGCCAAAAAGCCACCCAAUGUAAUGGAGACCUUCUUAUAGAGUAGAGAUCGGGGCACACUCAGUUUGUAUCAUUUAGCUUUCUUCCUCUCUGAUCAGCCCAUCACCUUUUCUGAGCACACGGUCCCCCUACAUCUUUUAAAGUCCAUUUUACUAAAGGACUAAGCAGACUUUUGCAGGUGAUAGCCUUUAAUAGACCAUAUCUUUAUAGAUACUGAAUUGAUUGAAAAUCGUCCAGAAUAUAAGAUCCCAUUAUGCUUUUAUGUUGCUUUUAAAAAGGCAUUUGAAUUGGCAAAGCAAACAGCACCUUAGGGAUUCUCAUCCAGUACGUCUCUCAUGUAUCUGCCAAAAUAAUAAAAGAUUUCUUAAAGAAAUAAUAGAUAAUUUGUUUAGAUCAGGAUAGUAUUAGUAUCAGAUGAGCCGGGAAACAGGGAGAUGUGUUUGUCAUCAUCAUGGAGGGGGUUCAACCCAAGAGUCCCAAUGAGAGGUGAGGGCCUUCAGUGUUUGUGGAUGGUGGUGUGCCGAUUGCAUCGAGCUCCCAAUCGUUUCAGAGUCUCCUGACAACUCAAGAAGAAACACUAAGUGGAUGAGUGAAUGGAAAACGCUGUUGUUCAUGCUGUAUUCCAUAGGUGGAUGGGCAACACACGGAGUUUCUACAUAAGAACGUAGGUCGAUAACAAAUACUGCCAGUGGACAAUGAGGUGGACCCAAGGUUAACCAGGGAAAGGAGGACUAGCUGGAUUGCCUCAGGAACACUGCAGUACUUUUGAUGAUGAGCUUUUUCCUCAAAGAAAGGCCUGCAACUGAGGAUGUCAGCAGUUGGAAGCAGUAAGGCUUCAGGUCAGAGAACAGGUCACCAGUUGAGGAUGACUCAGAGGGCAAAGAAAAGAUGCUAUGAGAAGGGGUGAGAAGAUCAGUCUGGCUGUCACAAUUUAACAGAGGGCAGCUAAAUGGCGCAAUGGAUAGAGCACCGGACCUGGAGUCAGGUGGACCCAUGUUCAAAUCGGACUUUAGAUACUUAACACUUCCUCGAUGUGUGCCCUGGCCAAGUCAUUUAACCCCAAUUGCCUUGCAAAAAACAAACAACCUUAAUAAAGAAGCAAAAGAAAAGAAAGCAAUGAGGAAAAUGUCCUUGCAGGAAGGUGGACCAUCCUCAGAAUGAGAGGAAAGAGCAAGCUUAAUGGAGAGCCCAGCCAAUUUGGGGAGCCCCAUGUGGAGAGCUCAUGGGAGGCCUGGGAUACCUGCAUUGCCCAGGAUGAGCAUGUGUAGAUGACUAAUGAUCUACCUGGCUGGUAUGGAUACGACUGAUUGUGUAUCCAUCAAACGAUGAGUUUUGUUUGACACAAACGGACGCUUCUCGGUAAACACUGAAACAACCGUCUCUAUGAAGUACACUCCCUAAUAAAAUAGCUUAUCAGUGUUCCCAGAAAGAAAGGAUGUGUCCUUUAACCUGGUUAGUAGAUGGUGAUAUAUAUUUGUGAUUUUCCUGUUAGAAUGUGAGCUCCCAGUGAGUAGGAAUUAUUUUCUUUUCUGUAUCUUGCAUGCAGCAGGUGCUUAAUAAAUGCUUUUGACUUGGUUGAAUGACACUCAGGUAUGGAGAUAGGCUUUCACGAGAACACUGUGAUCUUCACAGUCAAAUCACUGCUAAAAGGGUGUUAAGACCACGAGGCCUUGGUGUGUUGAUUGUUUGCCGACUAUUUUUAAAAGCACCUGGCUGGCAGAAUGCAGUCUGAGGAGUUUCCUCAGUGUGGGGGGUGGUAGCGGGCAAUCUCCUUCACCUUGAAACUUUGACAUUCUCCCGGUUCCUCCUAGCCAAGGUGAACCUCCCUUCUUAUACCCUCAGUCCCAUCCUCUCCAGGCUCCCUGGCCUCUGUUCUCUUUUAAGUCACUGGCACCUCCCCCCACAGCCUACAAAGGUGCCCGGAACUCUUCUGCUCAAGCUGCUGUCCUGUAUUCUCUCCUCCAGUCAGCCUUGUUGCUAAACUUCCUCUCCCACUCCCUUCUCUCCCCUUCGCAAUCUAGCUUCCUGUCCCUCCCGCUCUGCUGAGGCUCCCGAGGCCUCCAACAAUGUGGCUCCCCGGCCUUCUCUCUCUCUCUGUACCGCUCCUAGGUCGCUGAUGAAUUGACCCGAGCUCCAUUCAGAACAUUUUGCUCCCCACAGUCAUCCCUUUACCUCUCUCAGCACCCUCACCUCCUUUGAAACCCACUUGGUCAAAACUUUCUGCCCACUGUAAGUCGUGGCCAUUCUCCUUCCUUUCUCCAGAAGUUCCUGCCACCAUCUUUCUUCCCCAACUCUUGAUGUAGAUGCUCCAUUCCAGCCCUUUAUCUGGGUCAUUCCCUAGAGCUCACUAUUUGUCCAUGUGUUCCAUUUCCCUAAUUAAGAACUCAGGCGUGCCCUGACUGGAGCAUCCCAUCACUCCAACCCUCCCUUUGCCUCAUUCUCCCCAAACUAUUGUUUGCCUUUAAUGAUCCCCCUUCGACCCUUCUCUCCCUCAGUACUUUCUUAGGUCAUCACCCUAUGCAGACUUGCCUCCCUCCCCCCCAACCCUGGCAUGAUAAUUAGCCAUUUCAAUUCUAGACUGUUCUUUGCCUCCCUGCCUGGUCAUUCUUCUCUAACCAAACCCCAGCCUUGUAUUUCUCCCACUAUCGGCCUCCUCUAUUCCUAUAAACACAGAAGAAAUUCAUGCACCCAGACGUCAUCCUUUCCCCUACAUUCCCUCCCACUGUGUCUCGGCCCCUGCUCUGCUCUCCCCUUAGUGCAGGCUCUCAGCUCCUACUCCUGAACCAUGGUCCCGGCCUCCGCUGGGGUUUCCUCCUCCUGUUCUCCCUGAUCAGUAGGGUCUGGUGGCUUCAGAUCACCUCCAGGACCUUCCUGACUGGCUCCGACUUCUCCAGAUAUCUUACUCUUGCGACAACGUUAGUGGCCUCUUGCUGCUUUAUCUCCCCAUUUCCCUUGAUUGGCCUCCAUUCCUGCAGACUCCUCCUGCUCCCCCCCUCCUCCAGGCUCCCCUGUUUCCUUCUACUUUCUCUUCCAAUCUCAGCUUCUGCAAGAAUCCUUUCCAGUUCCUUGACUGGUGCCUUCUGUCCAAGGCUGAUUCCCUCAAAGUCUUGGAUCCGACCUAGUUGUUUGUAUAUGGUGUCCCCCUCUAGACUGAGAGCUUCCUGAGGGCAGGGACUCCUCCCUCUAUUCCCAAAUGUUUAAUAAACAUUCGACAGACUGAAUGACCAGAUGCCGGCAGUGACCCCGGCACCUUGGGUCCUGGCCAAUCAGCAGCCAAAGCCUUCCCUGGGCUCCGCAAUAUGAGAGCAGGGACUGAAGGGCUUUUCUCCGUCUCCCCAGAGCUUAGCACACUGGGCUUUGUACCCAGUAAAGGCUUUCUCGUUCUCAUUCAUAAACGAUUACCUGCACAUGAGCAUCUGACACCUUCCGCUCCACCUAGAGCAGCUGGGGCCAAGGCAGGGCUGGGAUUUAGCUUCUCCCCUCCAGGCUCAGCCGCCCUCAUGUUCAUUUUCUCACGAGAGCUCAAUGGCCAUUCACCCAACAGGGGAGGCAGCUGGGGGCAGCAGCAGAGAUGGCUGGAUGGGAGUUGGGAAGGUUUCAGCCACGAGGAAUUGAGAGUGCGACCAUUUGCCGCGGGACGUUGGGGGACUCGCAAAGAAGAUUCCUCCCAGUAUUUCGAGGAGCAGGACUGAAGGAGCACAAGUAGUGCAGCGGCGAACAACAGCUGCAGCUUCUGCCUUAGAGAUGCCACGCAGCCUCUGCAAUGAUGGCAGAUAAAUGAAAAGAGCAUGUGCCCGUGGGCAGCGGAAUCAGAGCAGAGGCCACACCAAGGGAAAAGGAGGGCAUCGGCUACCCCACUGCCCCCAAACACGGGACCGGCGUCAGUGUGAGACCUGACAUGCAGGAUGAGCAGGGCUGCGGCUCUGCUGGUCAGUGCUGUUCAGUGCAUCCUGAGGAGGAGCUCAGUGAUGGUGGGGCGCCUGUCACCUAGGCACGCAGGUGGUAGCUGCUAGACAUAAAGACUGCCCCCGAUGAUAUGAAUAGCCCAUUGAUACCGUUGCACAGCGUGCAUGAUGGCAUACAACCCAUUCUUCUGUGUGGAGCCAUAGGGAUGUCAAGAACAUGUGUCUGGAGUGUCCUCCCCGUAUGUUGUGGCCCUGUGACCUUUGGGAGCAUCGGUGAAAACACCGGGGCCUUGCACUGGCUCUGAGGAAAGACCCAGCGGGGACCCUUACUCUUCCUCUUUUGUACAACUGCCCAAGUGGCUGAGAAGUCCGCAGAGGUCCUGGGGGGCAGAACUGUAGCAGGACAGCCCACAUUACAUUAUCCUGGGCAAUAGCAGGCACCUGCUGAGCCAAUGGAGGGGGCGGCCCCGCAAUAAGUACGGCCCGAUGGCAACAUUGCCCAAGAGGGAACCAAGCCCCUCGGUCUAAUUGGUGAGGAUGCGUGAAGGUCUGGCAGGGUGCAAUGCUAUGGGGGCUCACUGUGGUGCAGGGCGGGGAGAAAGGGCUUGUCAACAAAUGCUGACGGCAUCAGGGGCUGUGAGGGAUCGAUUCUGGAGGCAGGACAAGCGCCCAGCAGGGGAAUGGAUUGUACAGACCUCGGGCGAGGUGAUGUCAGGGCAGAUGCCGUAAAAGGGGCGGAUAACAGAAGGGGGGAUGGGGGGGUGGAGCACAGCCACUGUAAGGUCCCCACCAGCUGUUGGAAGUCACGAAGAAUUUUAUAUUCAUCCUCGUCCACCUGAGGGUGUGCCUCGGACACAGGGAGGCCUUGAAGAACGUGCCGGAGGCUGAGUCUGUAUCUUAUGUGGCGCCACCACAAGGUGAUGUGUUGCACAACGUGCUGUAACCUCGCCUCUUCCUUAGUGGCCACCGGUAUGGCCUCCCUGUAGUGGAGAAUAGAAACAUCUGGUGUAGACUUCUGACGGUGCAAGAACUCUACAUACCACUGACAGAGGGUGGGACUGUUAGCCAUCCCUUGUGGUAAUUCCACUGCCACCUAGUGGCAGGAGCUUGUAAACUAGCAGCUGGGACAGAGAAGGCAAACUUCUCCCUGUCGGUAGGAUGUAAAGGAACAGAACAGAAGCGACCCUUUAGGUCAAUCACCACCAUAUGAUAUAGGACCAUGUUAGGAGAUGGGAGGCCUGGUUGUAGGGCACCAUGGGCUGCGUGGCGGCGUUCCCAGCUCUCAAAUUAACAUGCGCCAUGCUUUGUUCUUUUUCCUAAUGACAAAAACAGACGAGUUAUAAGCACUAAAGGAGGGCUCAGUAUGAUCCAGUUUUUUUUGUUCCAUAAUGAGGGAUCUCAAGGCAGUGAGUUUUUCAUCUGGGAGGGGCCACUGAUCCACCCAUACAGGAGGGUCAUGUUUCCAUCUUAAAGGUGGCACCUUCUCAUUGGCCCCGUUAGUUUUCCUCAGUGUCUAGUGUUAUCUGAAGGGUUUUCAGUGAGUUUCUUCCCCACAAGGAGGUUCUAAAUCCAGCGAUGACAAGAGGCCUAAAGAGCCUUCUGAUCUUCAAAUUUCCAAUGACAUUUCUUAAUAGACUGGGAAGCGUGCUGCCUGCCGCCCACCCCAUUAACUGUUACUCUUUGGGUUUGUAGCGGCCGUUCAGGAGGCCAAUCAAGUUUUGUUAUAAUGGAUAUUAUCAGCCCCUGUAUCAAUCAUUCCUUGAAAUGGCCUAUUUUCUAUAUACAUAGUACACAUGGGCCUUUUGUCCAAUCAUCUUGUGAGGGACGUAGAAGACCCUUACCCAAAAUGAUUACUCAGAGAUCACUCCGUAGAAGGCAGAAAAGUUGUUUAUUGAAAACCUCCGGAGGAUGAACCGUCCCAUCGCGAGAUAAGAAAGAGAAAGCUCGAAAGCUCGCAGGAGGAGGGCUAAAGAAGUAGGAAAGAUACAUAGCUUUUAUACAAGAGAUUACAUCCCAAGUAAGGGAGCAUUGAGAAGGGGAGGGGGAGGCAGCUAAUUGGUUGUUGCUAUUUGGGGACACUGGAAUGGAAGGUUUCUGUUUCCCCGAAAUCUCCUGAUUUCUGGGAAACAAAGUCAGGCCUUCAGACUUAAUCAAGCAGACAGUGGUCCAGCUAAUAGAAUAAAUAUCGAUAAAUGUCAUCAGCUCAGGUUAAGUAAAUAUGUUUCUAGCCGGCCAAGGCUCAAGUAGAUAGGAGCCUGCACAUAUUAUACAGGUCAGAGGGGAAACACAGAAAUAAUGAAAAUAAAAGACAGAAAAAGAAUUCAUACAUUCUUGUAAGUUCUUCACUUUAUCUCUCUAUUCCCCAUAAUCUGAAUAAAAUUCCCCUCACCAAAGGGAUAUAAUGGGAGUGCUUUGGCAAUUGGAUGAUCUCCCUUUAAGUUCCCAGGAUAUGGGUGAGGAUUGGUGACCAAGAUAAAUGGUUUCAUAUGUUUUAAUAUCAUCGUAUGUACAAUUCCAGGGGCAUAGUCUGAGAGUCCAAUCACUAAUCUAUCUCCACCCUUGGGUUGUUAUCUCAACAUGUACAGUAGGCCAUGGAGCAGUAUCAAAACCCUCAACUGCAUUCACCAAGUGCUGUCCAUAUUCCUCAUCGGGGCUUGAUAAUUCUCUUUGAAUCGUGUAGUUCCUCUCUGAGUAGGUCCCUGAUCUACUGGUUAUGCAUUUGAGGUCCCUGCUCCCGUUUUCCUGGAUUGCAAAAUUAUUUCUCAUCUUGGCCUUGCAAAAUUUAGCAAUGUGCCCUAUCUUGCCACAAACAGAGCAAACGGGCUUUCCGCCCCCUGGUGGCCGUGGACGGCAUUGGGCUUGGACGUGUCCUUUCCUGCCACAACUGUAACACUUCUUUCCUUCAUCCCUCCUGCUUAUUCCCCGUGUUAUUCCUUGAGUUAUAGCUGAGGCCAGUGCCUCUGCAUUAACAGCCUCAUCAUCUGCUUCAUAGCAUUUGUCUCUGAUUUCGGAGAUAGGAGCUUCUUUAGGAAGUCCACGCACUCUACGGCUGCACGCUUUAUUCAUUCCCUCUUUUAAGAGUUUCUCAAAAGAAGGUCAGAAGCGACACCUUCCUCUAUAAUUCUGUCAACCGCUGUUCUUAAUCGGGACGCAAUAGGUUCUCGGGGGUCCUGUUUUAUUGAAGUAAGAUAUUGCUGUACCAACCCCUCUAUAUCUAUUGUCUUCCGAGCCUGUGGAGCGCAGUGUGCAAUCGGUGGAAAUAAGUCACAUCGUAGAACGGCUGAGUUGUGGAACAGCGGCCAGUGCCGGUCAUUAUAAGCACAGACUCUUCUGGCUCCUGAGGAACACUGGCCACAGCAUAUUUCCGAGCUGCUUUAGUAAAUUCUGAUAGCCGUGAAACUGAUUGGCCAGGAGUAAAACAGGCAGAUGCCACGGAUUUCCAGUCACUCGGGGUGAGGGCAUGCGUACUUGCUAUCAGCUGGAACAUCUGUAUGGUCUAGGGAGCAUUGGGGCCAUAAUUAACACAAGCUUCUUUCACUUCCUUCAACAUUUGGAAUGGGAUUGGGCCAUACAUCUGGCCUCGGGGCCCCGUCAUCCUCCCCUGGGUAGGCCUGGAGGCCCCAAUCAGAAUCCCAUGGAAUCACAUCCUCCCCCUCCGAGGCUGCCUUUAUCAAAGCUUCCUGCCAAGGCCCGCGGGGGAGGCUCUUUCUGAGCUCCAUUGGGAAAGUAACAGGUCUUUGUAAUCUUUAGUCUCUUCUCUGGCUCAGCCUGUAGGUGGAGCUCUCGCACUUCCUGUUUUGUGUUUCUCCCCUAGCUCAGCCUCCAGAGGAGGUUCUGGCCCCUUUGCUUCUAAAGGCCUAAUCCCCUCAUUCACCUCCGGAUUUUUUCCGGGUUGAGGGGGAUGUGGGAGUAAAGGCCUGGGAGCUUGGGAGCCAGCCCUGGGCCCCUCACCAGAGGUGUCCGCCAGAGAAUCAGCCGUCGGCCUUUCUAACUUAUUUGCCUGAGCUGCCUGCACAACGAUACUCUAGGGCUCAGACACUUAGGCCCGGACCCAUAAUGCUUCUCUGCCUUCUCAUCUCUCAGAGUCUGGGGAACCUUCCCCUCCUGCCCCCGACGUUGGCGCUGCUGCAGCCCCCCCCCCCCCCCCAGGUUACUGAUUGCCAGCUUACCAACCCCUGGCCUUGGCCGUCCCGGGCCCUGCCACCUCUGCGCAGCGGUUCUUGUUCGGGGUGGGGGUGGGGGUGGGGGGGCCUGGACACAGCGGCUUGCAAGCACAAGUCUUUAUUCCAUGGGCUCACGCCCUGCACUCCCCCUGCCCUCCCUCCAGCCUCGACUGCUAACGACCUCCACCCACUUCCUGGUCCCCACUGCUACAUAGGGUCUGUGAGGUCACAGGCGCAGCCAAUAAGGGAAUUCUCAAUCCCACCAGAGCUCCCGCUCAAGAGGCGGUGCCUGCUGGCUGCAGAGAUUACUUCCGGUUGCCUCGGGCUUCAAGGUCUCAGUACUUCCUCUUUUGCUCUGGGAGGCUCCUCCCCUGACCCUUACAUUCCGCCUCCUUUCUUACCCAGCCACAAUCACAGAUUUAAGGCCUUAUCCUAUGCAGGCCCAGGCCUCCCACUGCGUCCGGAUCUGUUUCUGGCCCCUGGACCCUCUGGCUCUGCAGGGGAAAGUGAGGCCGGUGACCCCAGCCCUACCCCCUUGGGUCUGCUCCACCUGCUGGUGGCGGCCUCAGCUCCCUCGAGUCCUGGUCAUGGGAGGAAGGACCACCUGACCACGGCACCCCCCCUUCCCCCCACAGCUCUUCUGGGAAGCUUGGGCUUUCCACUCCCACAAGGCCACAUCACCUCAGGCAAAUCUUCCCGGGCUUCCCGGGCCCCCAAGGUCCCUCAGCCCCUCAGCAGGCUCCUGCAGGGCGGGCAUCGGGGGCCGGCCGGCAUCAGGGGCCAGCAGCCCGCUUCCAAUUCUCUGCUGCCAGGAAAAGGCCUGUGGGCAGCCCUGGGUGGACCGAGGGCAGGCUGGCCACGGCAAGCACAGCUUUUCCGGGCUGUGUCCCAGGGCUUGGUGCCCCCUCGCAGGCGGGGCUGCUGUUUUAGGCCGGAAAAUGCCACCGAAGCACAUAUGCGCACAUACUCGCAUUCCCCAUCUCCCUGCCCAGUGCUGCCCUGUCUACGUCGGGCCCUCCCAGCAGGGGGCGCUGCUGCUCCUCCCCACAGCUGUGGGGGUGGGCGGCUCUCCCCUUCUCUCCAAGGGGCCAGGACUUAUGGCUGA